UAAACGAAGAAGAAGAAGAAGAAGAAGGUGAAGAUGAUGUUGUUGAUACCGGAAGUGAACGUUUUUGGCCUAAAACGUCAUAUGUAAACGACGACCGUGAAUGUUCGGUUAUUUUGCUGCUUAUCUAGCUAGCUAGAUAGCUAACCAGCUUGUGAAUUUUGGGGAAAUGGCUGAAUCGUUUGAAGAACGUCUCGUAAAAGCUGUCAAAGAGCAUACACACUUGUAUGAUACCUCAAUGCGUUUACAUUUCGACAAAGAGGCUCUCGAACACAGUUGGCGCGAAAUUGCUACAUAUUUAAACUCCGAUCCAGAUACUUGCAGGAAGAAAUGGAGACUUGCGAGGGACCGUCAUGUGAGAGCACUGAAAAAGUCUAAGGAUAUGCCAGAGGGUGUACCGAGGCCUGGAAGCCUGAGUUGGCUCACCGUUUUUAUAAAACAUCGGCAAACCAACCCAAACUUUCCUGAGGUAGCUAGUUAGCGAAGAUACAUAAAAUGUGUGGUUACAGUAACUUACCUAGUUGCCAGACCUGUGCUAUUCACAGCCAGCUAGACACUGCUAGCAUGACUAGUUAUGUGUGUAAUACCAUAGACUUAUAGACCGGUAAUUAUCGGUAUUAUCAAAGAAGAUUAUCUAAUAGUUCGACUGAAGAAACCACUAUUUGUGGCACUGGGUUCGCAGUUCAAAUGAGUGCAAUAUCAACACCAGCAGCAGAGGACGCACAUACAUCAAUCUCAGCAGACAGAGUUGAGAGUCCUAAUGACAACCUGGAUCAGACUCCUUUGUUUUCAGACCAGGCAGGUCCACUGUUCCCUUUAUCUUCUUUCCGUCUCCUGGUUCCACCUCUACGACUGAUGUCAGCUUUCAUGUGGCAAGUGGCUCAAGAGCGUAAUGUGAUGCACUAUGGGAAGCUGGAGGAGUUCGUGACUUUGGUGACAGAGAUGGUUCCAGAGCUGCUGAGCUCCAGGCAGAGGACCCAACUCAUCCUGGGACUGAGAGCAAGGAUGGUUUUAGAGUUGUUUCGUAAUGAAAACCCACCGGACCCCCAGACCAUCCAACUUCAUUUGGACAGAAUCAAAACUUCUUCAGUACAUGCUGUCAAUGAGGAUUCACAGAGUAGAAAUGAGUUGGAGGCUUCAGAGUCUAACUUUGUGGAGCUGGUCAAAACCCUGCUCGAAGACCCUUCUGAGAAGAAGCACUUCUUCCAGGUGGUGUUCCCAAUACGUUACGGCCCUCGGUAUGACACAGCACUGCAGAUACUGGUGUGGGAGUUUCUCUCCCGACUGGAGGAGCUGCUGCCUGUACCAGACCUCACAGAGACAGCAUCUUGUCUCAGCCUUGCCCCCUCUGACCUGGAGGAGUUCUGGCAUUCUGUUUCUGACCCCGAGCACCUGAAGACACUGCUGCAGCAUCAUAGACAUCUGGGUCACUUGAGCAAAAAUGAAUUCUCCAACCAGGUUGCAGACAACAUCUUGUCCACAUUGUCAAUUCCUCAAAUUCAUGGCCUCAAGUCAAGUCUUGAUGGACAUGAAGGCAUGAAAGGGAGCACAGAAGGGUGGAAGAUCAACAGUGAGGAAGACCAAGAGGAAGGAGGAGAGUUGCAUUUUGAAAAGAACUUGGAGGAUGAUGGAAGUGAGAGAAAUGAAGACACUGAGAGAGGAUUGAAGGAUGAGGAUGACGCAAACUGGACCUCCCCUCUGAGUGAACCAGAGGACUCGGCUGAACUGGAUAGUGGCAUGCCCUCCCAGGUCUUCUCCUGCCCCCAGUGCCCAUUCUCCCACAGGGAAAUGGUGGAUCUUCACCAGCACAUCAGGAAGGAACAUCUAACAGAGGAGGACAGCAGGAGCCUGGACUCUGGAGGAGUUGAGAACUCACUGCCAUCCAGUCAAACAGCCAAGAGCUCCUCAGCCAAGAGCUCCUCAGCCAAGAGAAUCAAUAAAAACACCUGCAAACAGUGUGGGAAGGGUUUCAGAUGCACAACUGACCUGAAACGACACCAAAGUGUUCACACCAGUGUGCAGCCGUUCCGUUGCAACCAGUGUGAGAAGAGAUUCAAAUCGGAGAGAUAUCUACAACUGCACAAGAAAAGUCACGACGUAGAACCGAUGCACAGGCCUAUUUGCCAACACUGUGGCAAGAGUUACACUAGUGCAGCAGUCCUCAAAAUACACAUACGCACCCACACCGGAGAGCGGCCUUACUCCUGCUCAGUCUGUGGGAAGAAGUUCAAUCAAAAGCACACAUUAGUUAGACACCUCCGGAUGCACAAAGGAGAGAGACCAUACCUGUGUAGCGUAUGCGGGAAGGCUUUCUUUGUUUCCGGGGAACUCUUAGUGCACAUGCGUUUUCACACAGGGGAACGACCUUACCGCUGUAAACCGUGUGGAAAGGCUUUCAGCACGUCAUGCGCUCUCACGUCGCAUAAGCGAUGGCACUCAAACGAGCGCCCGUUCACCUGCUCCCUGUGUUCAAAGGGCUUUGCGGAAACUGGUGGCCUUAAAAGACACAUGUUUAUUCAUACUGAGGAGAAGCCCCAUUACUGCCACACGUGUGGGAAAGGAUUUAGUCAGUUGAGCAACAUGAGAAUACAUUUGAAAACUCAUAAAAAAUAAUGUAAUCGGAUCUUUGUCAGACUAAAGGAAUUUUUACACUAGUAUAAUGUUUAUUUCUCCUUGAGCUCAUAAAGCCGAAAGUAAGGAAAACAUGAAAUUGUGUUAUCGGUAAUGUACAUCGUCCUGACAAAGUUUUCACCAUUUAUUGACUAAGUAGCCAUUCUGUUAAUUUCUCCUUGGUGAUGUGAUCGGUUGUUAAGGAACUUUGGCCACAGACUUCACGAUGAGGUUUUACUUAGUGCACUGCCAUCUGUACUGUACUCUGGUGAGCACAGUAGGGUUUACAUGAUGUAAGCAUGACACAUCGUUCGUGUAGGCCGUUCUGUACCUGAAGUAAUGGAGAAAAAAACGUUUUGACCGCAACUAUCAAGUUGUCCUUUAAUAAUAAUUCAUGUGUUUUAGGGCAAGCUCCUGAUGUAUGUUGGAACAGAGUCCUCCCUUUUCUCCUGCAUAGGUACCCGUUCACGUGUGCUUGUCUGAGGAAAUUUUAGGCGCCUGAUUCCCUUCUGGUUCAUGCUGGGCUGAAGUGCAAUUAGGUACACUUUGUUUUCCAUUGUAAUCAGAUCUGGGUUCAAAUACUAUUUCAAAUAUCUCAACUUUCACCUACGUUGUCCAAGUGAGUAUUCAGAUAUAUUUUAUUUCAAAAGACAAGUAGUUGAAUAUUUUAAUGUAUUUGAAAAUACUCAAAUACACUCCCAUGCAUUUGAAAAUAGUUUUUAAAAUAAGUGUUUGAAAAUACUCGUACUAUUUGGUUUUUACAAAUAGCCAUUCAAGUAGAAGGACUUGUUUUGGGCUUUGUAUUUGAAAAUACUCAAAUACACAGAAAAAUGUAUUUUAAAUACCAGAUAUCCAAAUACAUAUUUAAACCCAGGUCUGAUUGUAAUAAAUAAUCACUCAGUAAUCGUCUGGUGACUCAAUCAUUUGUAAAUUAACUAAUACUACAGCAUGUGUAUGAUAUAUGUAUAUUAUUAUGUACAUGAUGCUACAUUUAUUAUCCAUCAAACACUUUUUAUUAAGUGUGGGAAAGAAUUUACUCGGAUGAGCAACAUGAGAAUAUGUUUGAAAACUCGUAAGAAACUCAUUGGAUCUUUGUCAGACUAAAGUGAUUUUUACAUUCGUGUUAGGUGUUAGUAUUUCUCCUUGAGCUCAUUGUAUUAUAGGUCAUGUACAAUGAACAAAAAUAUAAACGCAACAAGUGUUGGUUUCAUGAGCUGAAAUAAAAGAUCCCAGAAAUCUUC